CACCCAACAUCGUGGAAGCCCAAAGACAUCCAAAGUGAAGAUCAUGGUCAAUGCACUUCACGAUGUAACCAGUGUCAUGACAGUACAAAGCGCCUUAAUGCACAAGUUAUAGAUUAUAGAAAUCCCAAAUGUGCAAAAAUUAUAGAUCGUGCAACCAAAUAG